AUGAUUGCUUCAACCAGCAGCACAGAGGCCCUCAUGCCCGCGGGGGGUUCCAACGAUAGCAAAGGCACGACGACUCCCGCAACCAGCACCGAAGACGCUGAGAUGCAGGAUGAUAUUCUCAACAAUGACACCAAUGAUGAAAUUGCCAUAAUAGGCAUGGCAUGUCGUGUCCCAGGAGAUGUCAAGUCCCCCUCCGCGCUGUGGCAGUUCCUUCUUCAGAAAGGUGAUGCUUCAGGGGACAUACCCUCCUGGCGCUGGGACCCCUAUCGACAGCGCCAUCCUCGCAAUGCGGCCGUACUGGCCAAAACCACCGCCAGGGGCUACUUCCUUAACGAUAUUGAUCAAUUCGAUGCUGCCUUUUUUGCCAUCUCCCCGCGCGAGGCGGAGCAGAUGGAUCCCCAGCAGCGCAUUGCGCUCGAGGUUGCCUGGGAGGCAUUGGAGGAUGCAGGCAUCUCUCCUUUCGGCCUUGCAGGCUCGAACACUUCAGUAUAUAUGGGUGUCAAUUCCGAUGACUACGCCAAGCUGGUCCUGGAAGACCUCCCCGACGUGGGUGCACAUAUGGGUGUUGGCACAGCCUAUUGCGGAAUCCCCAGCCGUAUAUCAUAUUUGCUGGAUCUGAUGGGUCCCAGCGUUGCACUGGACGCGGCUUGUGCAUCAUCCCUGGUCGCGGUACACCAUGCCCGACAGGCUAUCCGUGCCGGCGAGACUGAUCUAGCCAUUGCAGGUGGUGUCAACGCGCUCCUAGGACCCGGACUGACCCGGGUACUGGACGAGGCGGGAGCGAUCUCCGCAGACGGAAAGUGCCGUUCCUUCGACGACUCUGCGAGCGGGUAUGGCCGAGGCGAAGGAGCAGGUGUUGUCAUUCUAAAGCGUUUGGAUAAAGCCCUGGCAGACGGCGACCAGGUUUUAGCUGUACUCAAGGGCAGUGCAGUAGCCUCGGAUGGAAAGACGUUGGGAAUCAUGGCCCCCAACGCGCAGGCGCAACUGCUUGUUGCCCGAAAGGCGCUCAAAGAGGCGAAGGUGAGGUCUGACUCAAUCAACUAUAUUGAGGCACAUGCCACUUCCACAUCACUGGGCGACCCCACAGAAACAAGCGCCUUGGCUGAGAUAUAUGGUGUGGGAUCUGGACGGCAUCCAUCCAACCCGUGCUACAUCGGUUCCAUCAAACCGAAUAUCGGACAUUUGGAGGCUGGUGCUGGUGUGAUGGGCCUCAUCAAGGCGGUUCUUGUGCUUCAAAAUGGCCAAGUGCCUCCGCAGGCAAACCUGCAGAAGUUGAACAGUAAGAUCGCAUGGAAGGAGAGCUUACUAUGUCCGGCCCGCGAGCUGGUAAUACUGCCCCAUGGCAACUCAUCGCGACCAUUACGGGCAGCUGUAGCAUCGUACGGGUACAGUGGUACAGUGUCGCAUGCGGUUAUCGAGGCUUUCGCAGGACAAUCCUUGUUCGCCGAUCGACUGACCCAGACUCCAGAUGAUGAUGCUGCGCCAGUCCUCCUUCUGUUGUCCGUGCCUCAAGCGAACCGCAUCUCAACAACGGCUAGCGGUCUGAGCCAGUGGUUGCGCGACACUGGCCCAGCGGUAUCCCUGGCAACACUUGCGUCGACGCUAUCGCAGCGCCGUGCGCAUCAUCGCUUCCGCCACGCUAUUGUCGUUGAUUCAAUCGCAAAUGCCAUCGCUGCCCUUGAUGAUGUGGCCAAAAAUGUUCCAAAUCGCUGGGUUAUCAGUGACCGAAUUGGAACCGAGGUAGCAAAGGGUCCAGUCUGGGUGUUCUCAGGCCAUGGUGCGCAGUGGCCCGACAUGGGUCGCGAGUUAUUUCACUCCAGUCCAGCGUUCGGAGAAGUGGUGCGCAAUCUGGAACCAAUUAUUCAAACCGAACUGGGGUUCUCUGCAAUUGAAUCUUUGCAAGCUGGCUGUCCGGAUCGCACCGAUGUUAUCCAGGCGAUGACAUUCCUCAUGCAUCUGGGCAUCGCCGCGGUGCUCGAGGCGGAGUCUGGUCCUCCUGCCGCUGUUGUGGGCCAUUCACUGGGUGAGGCCGCCGCGGCAGUCAUAUCUGGGGCUCUGACCUGGCAUGAAGCAGCCCUGGUAGUAUGUCGACGAGCGCGUCUUUACCGUGAGUUCAUCGGCCAAGGUGCGAUGGCCUUGGUCCGGCUGCCGGCGUCCGAAGUCCGUGCGCGUAUCGCCACGCACCCCGGCGCGUCGGUCGCAAUUGAGGCAUCGCCGACCGCGUGUGUAGUAUCUGGCACUGCUCUUGCGGUUCAGCAAUUAUCCCAACAAUGGCGUGAAAAAGGUAUAGAGGUGCAUGCCGUCGCUACAGAUGUGCCUUUUCACACACCGCUGCUCGCGGAAUUAGCUGGUCCCCUUCGCGACGCGCUGAAAGGCGAGCUACACCCUCAAGUGCCGCAUCGGGCGCUCUAUUCGACUUCGCUGUUGGAUCCACGGUCAGAAGCACCACGCGAUGCCGAGUACUGGGUAAUGAACAUGGUCCAGCCAGUCCGACUGCAGUCGACCGUCGCCGCACUGGUAGACGACGGAUUCCGCGCAUUUGUGGAGCUGGCCAGUCAUCCCAUCAUAACGCACUCGAUCGUCGAGACUAUCACCGAGCGGACGUUCGACCGGUUUAUGGUGACACCCACGAUGGUGCGUAAGCAGCCGGUGCUCAAGAGCAUCCUAGCUGCCGUGGGACGUUUGCAUUGCUUCGGCUGCACUGUGAAAUGCACAGAUCUUGACCCUACUGCGCCAUGGAGCUCAUCAGUGCCUGGGACAAUCUGGCAUCAUCAGUCAUUCUAUCGCGCUGUCACUGGAAUGACAGCUGCUCAGCUGGCGCCGACACACAAUCCUGCAGCCAAUGACCUGCUGGGUACUCGCACCGCUCUUUGGGGAACGGACGAGGUGCUUUAUCAAACUCGCCUUGAGGAACACAAUCGGCCUUUUCCUGGACGUCACCCACUCCAUGGGUCCGAGAUCGUGCCCGCCGCUGUGCUAUUGCAUACAUUUCUUCGCGCACUCUCUCCCAGGAGCGUGGAGAAUGUGUCGCUUCAAGUGCCUGUAGUGGUGUCACCUGCCCGCGAGAUCCAGAUCCGACAUAAUACGCGUAGCAUCACCAUCACAUCUCGUAUGGAGGAGUCCAUGAGCAAUGAAGAUGGGUCGUGGCUUGUCAAUACUACCGCAACUGUGGGCGCGGUUGACUCAAACCCAUCCGUCAGCUGUGUCAACAUAGCGGAGAUCGGGAAAAGACUGCCACAGCAGCUGCCGGCAAACUUCUCGAUGGAUUACCUUGCCUCUGUGGGUGUGUCUGCUAUGGGGUUUCCAUGGCGGGUAUCCCAGCAUCUGGCCAGCGACAACGAGAUGCUAGCCAGGGUAAACGCCAAUCCGGACAACCUGCCCGGCAUGGACGAUCUUUUAACGUCCGUCAUGGAUGCAGCAACCUCCAUUGCGUCAACACUCUGGCACUGCGCACCUCGACUUCGCAUGCCCACGGCCGUUAGACGCGUGCUUGCCGUUGACGUGGCCACACCGCAAGUCGUAUACAUCCACUGCAGGAAGACGCAAUCCUCCGUCGACACAGCCGACGUGGUCAUCAGCGCAGAGGACGGGACCGUUCUUGUGGAGAUCCAGGGUAUGGCUUUCGCUGGUGUUGAGGGCGAGUCGCUGUCGCGAAAGACUAUCUCCGGUCUGGUGCAUCAAAUCAGCUGGCCACCCGCGGUGCUGGUUGAGGAACCUCUGGAAUUUGGCCACAUCGCCUUUCUGGCACCAGAAGCCACCAAGACUCACGUAGAAACGUACCAAAGACAGCUCGAGAGGAAAGGUAUCUCCACCUCUGUCCAUGAGCAUGCCUCAGACUUGCCCUUGACAAAUCAUUCAUCUCUGGCGGUCGUCUAUCUCCCUCAAGACACCGAUCAAAUCUUCGAGACCGCCACCAGCACCUGCAAUAGCCUCGUGUCAGCAGUGCAGGUGAUUCUCUCCGUCUCGGAAAAACCCAACAUGCGCCUCUUCGCUCUCACCUCCGAAACCAAUAUAGGCCACAGUGCGCUCACAGGCCUCGGUCGGAUUCUGCACACCGAACACCCCGAGAUAUGGGGUGGUCUGAUUGACCUCGAAGACCCCUCGGCCUUUCCUCUUAUGGCAAUGCGCUAUGUGCGUAACGCUGACAUUAUCAAGGUCCAAGAUGGGGUCCCACGGAUUGCUCGCCUUCGCCCGCUCCGCUCCGCCCCGCUCCACCCCACCGCCGGACCCGCUGUUCUCACAUUCUCCCCAGCAUCCACAUAUCUGAUCACCGGUGGACUUGGCUGUCUCGGUCUCUCUGUCGCUCAGUGGAUGGCCACCCAAGGCGCGAGACGCAUUUUGCUGCUCUCUCGUCGCUCUCUACCCCCAAGAUCUACUUGGACCGCCUCGCAUAAACCCGAGACCCUGUCGAUCAUCCAAAACGUUCUUUCUCUUGAACGCCUCGGUGCCACUAUCCACUUUCUGGCCAUCGAUAUUUCCCAUCCCUCCGGGGCGACCAAUCUUCGCUCGGCCCUCACCACACUUAGCCUCCCACCCGUGGCCGGCGUAGUUCACGCCGCUGGUAUCACCCGCGACCAGCUGAUUCGGCAAAUUACCCCGGAUGUCUUUGAUGCUGUUCUUGCGCCGAAGAUCGCAGGUGCCCUGGCGCUCCACACCGUUUUUCCUCCCAAUUCCCCAGGCCUGGACUUCUUCGUCCUCUUCUCUUCUUGCGGCCAACUCCUGGGAUUCCCCGGCCAGGCGUCGUACGCGAGUGGGAAUUCUUUUUUGGAUGCUCUGGCGCGGUCACGCAGGAGAGACGGCGAUAAUUCCAUCUCGCUCCUUUGGACCUCCUGGCGAGGUAUGGGUAUGGGAGCUAGUUCCAAUGGAGCCCUGGAGGCGGAACUGUACGCUCGUGGGAUUACAGAUGUGACUGCUGACGAGGCGUUUCGGGCUUGGAGUUAUAUCUCGGCGGUUGAGGGUGCCGAUCAUGGAGUCGUUCUUCGUGCCCGGCCGCUUGAAUCGAGGGAGCCGUUGCCACAUCCGAUUCUGAGGGAUAUUGCGACGGGGAAAGAGCGAGUUAGAGAUGAGAGCGAUGGGGAGAAGGGAGGAGAAAUGAAGAAGCUGACUGGCAAAGAAUUAGUAGAAUAUCUGCGCGUUGCUGUGAGAAAGUGUGUGUCGACGACAUUAUCGAUCCCGGAAGACGAGGUAGAUGAGACAGUGGCGCUGCCGGAGAUGGGAAUGGACUCUGUCAUGACGGUGAAAUUCCGCAUGAGUCUGCAGCAGACGCUUACUGUGAGUGUUGGGCCAACGUUGGUGUGGAAGUACCCUACGGUCCAUCAUCUCGUUGAAUAUUUCUGUCAGGUGUUGGAAGAAUAG